AUGAGUUCCCGUGGCUGCCGGCCGGCAUCUGUGCCUCGGACAUCGGCCAAGGUUGGAAGGCCCUCAUCUAAGAGCCCUGCAAGCAGCCACCUUUUUCUGGAUUCAUCAUUUCAAGAUAAUUCAGUGCUCAGAAGGGAUGAACAUAACAAUGAAAUUCAUACUCCAUUUAUGAACAGGAGUGAGCAAAAGAAACUCCUGGAAGAAAAUAUAAGAUUAAAGUAUGAACUAGAAGAUUUAAGAAGCCAAUAUGAACAGCUUAUAGAAGAAGGGAGGAAUGAAUGUUUUGAUGAAAGACGUGUCAAUCUUUUGAAGGCUCAUGUACUACAACUGGAAAGACAGGUGGUGCUGCUUACAGAAGGAUUAAGUUCUCGAGCUGCUCUUUUAGUGGAGUUCAAUGCUUCUUUAGAAGCUUUUACUGACAAGCUUAGCUCUUUUCUUAGCACUAAGGAAUCUGCAUUGGAAGUACCCAUUCCACGUCCAGAAUUUCUACAAAUAAUUGAAAUCUGUCAUGCAGUGAGACAAAAACUGCACAGAAACCAGCAAACUUCUGAUUUAUCAAAACUUGCAUUGCCUUGGACUCUGGGAGGAAAUCUCACUGCACAACCGAUGACUCUCUUGGAUCUUUGCUAUGGCAAGAUAGAAAAUUUAAAUCUUAGAUAUGUGAGCGCCCUCGAAGGGAAACUCGGCAAGCUGCGGAGACACCUGUUUGCCAUGAGGCAAACUCUGAGCCUCACGCUUGCCCCAGGACAGGGGUCUUCUGAGACGGCUCAUCACAUCCUCCCGACUGCUGUUUAUGCUCGGCUGAUAAACCAGGCGGCUCAGUGUCAUCGUUCCGCGGCAGAGUGUUGUAGCGAUUUGCUUCCUUUGACGCUGCUGGUACCUUCGGCACCUUGGGAAGUAUUGGAGUACUCCUUAAACGAGGAGUUUACUGUGGAAAACGUGCUUGCGACACUUCCAGCCUUCCCCAAGGGUGGCCCUCAGCAGCGUGCUAAAAGGGCAGCAGAAGCUCUAGUGAAGGCUCAAAAUUAUUCCAGGCAAAUGGCAAUGCAACAGAUACAAGCUUUGCAAGCUGAACUUCAUUUCCAUAGAAAUUUAUAUAACCUGCAAGUUAAGUACACUGAUGCUCUCUUCACUGGGAUAAAGCAAGCCUACCACAGGUUUCAAGAUGAUGUUGCAAUGGUUCUGUGUUCACCACUACAAGAUGUGUUACCUUUGUACAUAAAACUGAAAAUGGAAGCUUCAGAGGCUGCUUUGAAAAAAUUUCUCACUGCUUUUAGAAAUAAUGCUGAACAGAUCCAAUAUGCUGUUGAAACUUUAACUUCAAAGAAUCAGCAGCAUGAAGGUGAAGAGGCCUUGUCAAGGUUUGGAAAAGAGUUCUUCCUGUCUUUGGAACAUUCACUAAAAGCAUGCGGGGAACAACGGGAUAAAGCGGCCAGUGAAAUGGAAACUUUACAAACUGAACUGGAUCAGGCCUUAGAAACCCUGCGAAAUUUAAAGGGGAAAAAGGGAACAAGAUCAGGGCCUGGUCAGCAGUUUCCAAAACGUGAAGAGGGCGAGAUGGAAGAAAUAAAAGCCAGUGGCUUGGAUGUACUUUCAAAAAAAGAGUCUGAGCCCAAUUCACCAUCCCACUUUCCCCCACAUAGACAGAGCCCCUUGACAAAUCCUGCUACCGCUGAAGAAAAAGAAUUGAACAGCUCAUCCUCCAGGCUAAAACCAGCAAGUUCUGAUGGCAUUCAGCAGAAAGGGAAACCCAUUCACAGGAGCAAGAGUAUGAAGAACACCGCAAAGCCACCUUGGCAAGAUUAG